GGUGGUCGCCCGGGUAGGCGAGCCGAGUUCGCCUUUCCCGGAGAGGGCGGCAGGCCGUCUCCACAGGGACCCCCACGCGAGCGACGGGACCGCGCCCCGCCCGGGCGGCGGCUUCGGCGGGGCCAGACGUCCAUCCUUCAGCAACCCCGUCCAGGUGGCCGAGGCACCAUGUUCUACCAGACCCCUCUGGGCUCCUCACCCCCGCACGCCAACUGCCUGGACCUGUGGAAGGAAAAGAACGACCAGCUAGUUAAACAGGCCAAGGUGGCUCAGACCCCUGGUCUGCCUCUGAGGCGACAGCAUUUGGCUCAAGAUGCACUGGAAGGAUUCAGGGGACUCCUCCAUAGCAUGCAGGGGCUCCCUGUGACUGUUCCUGUCCUUCCCUUGGAAUUGACUGUUACCUGCAACUUCAUUACCCUGAGGGCAAGCCUGGCCCAGGGAUUCGUUGAGGACCUGGCACAGGAUAUCCAGCAGGGUCUAGAUAGAGUGCUGGAGACCCAGGAGCAGCCGGGACUCAAGCUGGAAUAUGGGGUCAAGGGGCUGUGGAACUCUGUGUUCCAGGCUUCUUCCCUUUUGCCCGAGCUGCUCCCUAUCCUGCAUCACCUGGCUGGCCUGCAGGCAGCCCUCUGGCUGGUCAAUGACCGCCUUAAGGACCUGACCUUGUUGCUGCAGACCCUGAAUAGCAGUCAGAAUGAGGCUUCAGAGGAUCUGAUCCUACUUCUAAAAAUGUGGAGUCCCCCAGCUGAGAAGUCAGAUGCCCCACUGACCCUGCAGGAUGCUCGGGGCUUACGUGAUGUCCUUCUGACAGCAUUUGCCUACCGCCAAGGCCUUCAGGAGCUUAUCAGUGGGAGCCUGCCCAAGGCACUGAGCAGCCUGCAUGAAGCAGCCUCAGGUCUGUGCCCACGGCCUGUGUUAGUUCAGGUGUACACAGCCCUGGCUAUCUGUCUCCGAAAGAUGGGAAAUCCACAGAGAGCUCAGCUGUACUUGGUUGCAGCCCUGAAAGGGGGAUCAACCUGGGGUCUCCCACUUCUGGAGGCCUCUAGGCUCUAUCAACAACUGGGAAACACAGAAGCAGAGCUGGAGAGUCUGGAGCUGUUAGUUGAGGCGUUGAGUCUUACUCAUAGCUCUCAAGCUCCCCAGCUUCUCAUUGAGGUAGAGUUGCUGCUCCCACAACCUGACCCAACCUCACCCCUUCACUGUGGCACACAGAGCCAAGCCAAGUACCUACUAGCAAGUCGAUGCCUACAAACAGGAAGGGCAGAGGAUGCUGCAGAACAUUACUUGGAUCUGCUGGCCCUGUUGUUGGAUGACUCGGUGCCAAAGGCUGUCGAAUGUGGGGGACCAGACAAGGAGUGCUUCCCAGAGCAAGGGUUCUCCCCACCCCCGGGCCUCCCAGGGCCCUGUAUGCCUGACGUAUUCUUGGAGGCAGCUGCAGCGCUGAUCCAAGCAGGCCGAGCCCUUGAUGCUUUGACUGUAUGUGAGGAACUGCUCGGCCGCACAUCGUCUCUGUUACCCAAGAUGCCCUGGCUGUGGGAAGAUGCCAAAAAAGGAACCAAGGAGUCAUCACACUGCCCACUCUGGGUCUCUGCCACCUACCUGCUUCAGGGCCAAGCUUGGGUGCAACUGGGGGCCAAAAAAGAAGCCAUUAGUGAGUUUAGCAGGUGCCUUGAGCUGCUCUUCCGGGCCACACCUAAGGACAAAGACCAAGGCCCAGUUUCCAAAUGUGAGCAGGGUUGUACAUCUGAUGUGAUGCUACAACACCUUCGUGUUGCUGCCCUGAUUAGUCGUGGACUAGGAUGGGUAGCCAGUGGCCAGGAUACCAAAGCCCUACAGGACUUCCUCCUCAGUGUGCAGAUGUGUCCAGGUAAUCAGGAUGCCUCCCUUCACCUGCUUCAGACUCUGAGAAGGCUGAAUCGGAAGAAUGAGGCCACUGCUCUCUGGGGGAAGCUGGAGGCCCAAACUGAAUUGCCACAGGAGAAUGCUGCAUGGUCUCCCCCUCUCUACUUAGAAAUCUGUUUGAGCUGGAUCCAUCCCCCUGACCGUGAAACCCUUCUUGAAGAGCUUCGGACAUCUGUGCUGGAGCCUUGUGACCUAUAACUGCCAUGUUUCUAAGAGUCUGCGGCCCCAGUGGGCCAUCUCCCUGUGGGCUUUUUUUUAACCAUUCUUGGGGAUGUGACUGUAGCUGACCAUUCCUAUAUGUCUGGCACUGGAGAGGUUGGCGAUAGUCCUAUGAAAUUUGGCCUAGUUAUUGCCAUUCUGGUUCCAGUGGAAGCCCUUAUUAUCAAUGAGACAUUGACUUUUUUCAUGGUAUCCUUUUUUCUCUUUCCUCAUUUGUUGUAUUGAGUAAAAUCUUAUAUUUAUCUCUUGUCUGCCUACUACAUAUACUUGAGUGGGAAAAAUUUCCCAGCUUCCUGAUUCAUUUGAGUGCUGGUUGUCUAAGAUGCCAUCUCCCAAAAUCAUCUGCCUUAUGAUCUUGAGGUCUGGGUAGAAGAAAGGGCUGCAGGAAUCCUUACUCAGGAAGGAGUUGCUUUAGUCCUUCCCAUUGUCUAAAAUCAGAACCCCAGGGAGCUAGAAUUUUGUGCAAGAUGACAGAAUGAGUGGAAUUGGGUCUGGAAGGUGUUCUGGGCAGGUCUCUCAGUACAAGGGUAGAUAUUUGAUUCUGAGAGGGGACGAAUAGGAAGUCUUAGAGUGACUGAGACUCUCAGAUCCCUGCCCUAAUCUCAAAUUCUAGAAAUUUGGGGUUGCCACUAAAAGCUAAUUAUUAAAAUGGUGUAGCAGGCUCUUUGCGCCUCAGCUCUUCAAGUUAGCGUGCAAUUCUCUUGCUCUUUGGGCUCCAUUGAAUGUGCUGUGUGUCCUGUGGUUGCCUUUUUGACCCCUUUCUGGACUUGUGUGCCCUCCCUUCUCCAGCCAUGAAUAAUACUAUAGCCGGGUAAGAGAGGACGUGUGUACCCCCUGAGGAACUAAAGCCUGUGGGAUGGGGAACUAAAGUAUGUGCCCCCUGAGGAACUAAAGCCUGAGGGUGCGUGGACAAUUGGGCAGGAGUGAAUUGAGAGCUGGGGUGCUGGUCAAGGAGUCCAGAGUAGGGGUGGCUCGUGUUUUGAAGGAAUAAGGAGAGAGGCUUUCGGGUUUUGGAAAACAAGAUGAGUGUGUAAGUUAUUACAACAGCACUAGAUCAACACAAGAGUUCAGUCCAUUGUGCCAGGCCCUUCCAACAGGAUAAGAUUAGGAGCCAAUGAACUGGAGCCAAGUGGGAGAGACCGCCCCCAAGGAUUAAAGGCUCUUUUUUGGCCAGUCGCUCUGGCCCCAUUCCCUCCACUGAUUGGCCGGGAGUCCCGAUCCGUCGAGGAAGCGUAGCCCUGCGGCCAAUGGACGUGGCGUUACUAGGCGUGUUGCAUCGCCGAGGCGGGAG